AUGACGGUUCCAUAUUCGAGUCAAGUGGCCACAUCUUCGUUCUCAUGCUUUCUCAAACUCUUAUUCAGAUGGAAGGGAAGCAUCUACAAAUUGCUAUGGAAAGAGUUUGCUGUCUUUGCAUCAUUGUUCUAUUCUCUGAGUUUCUUGUAUAGAUUCAUCUUAUCUGGAGAAUCAAAAACAUUUUUUGAAAAGAUGGCAAUUUAUUGCAAUGAAUUCAGUAACCUAAUACCUCUGGCAUUUGUUCUUGGGUUUUACGUUAGUAUAGUUGUCAACAGAUUUUGGGAACAGUAUAGAACGAUUCCUUAUCCAACUAGAAUGGCCAUGUUUGUUUCUGCCUUACUGACUGGCUUCAUGCUCCCAAAUGAACAAGAAAUUUUAGAAAAAAUGUCUACAACAUCCAAUAAAUACUUUGUUCCUCUGGUUUGGUCUGCAAGUUUGGUUCUCAGAGCUCGCAAAGAGGGUCGAAUUAAGGAUGAUUUUUCCGUUAAGACGCUUAUUGAUGAGAUAAAUGACUAUAGAGGUAAAUGUGGAACAUUGUUUGGAUUUGAUCACGUCACAGUGCCCAUUGUAUACACUCAGGUAGUAACAAUUGCCGUCUACAUGUUCUUCAUGUCCUGCUUGAUGGGCAGGCAGUUCUUGGAGAAUGGAAGGGUUGGAGAUAUGUACUUCCCAUUUUUCACAUUCUUGCAAUUCUUUUUCUACAUGGGAUGGCUCAAGGUAGCUGAAUCUCUAGUGAACCCAUUCGGAGAAGAUGACGACGACUUUGAUAUCAAUGGGAUGAUUGACAAGAACUUACCGAUGUCAUACCUGAUAGUUGACGAGAUGCACAAUGACCAUCCGGAGCUGAUAAAGGACCAGUACUGGGAUUCGUUCAACAUCACCCUGCCCUACACAGAGGCCUCUCAGAAGUUUCAAAAGGAAGAGCACGUUGGAUCGGCUGCCAACAUCGACAUCCCCCAGUCAAAAGCUCAGUUCAUCCCACCGAGUUCCUCCAUGUCGACUCUUCACGAGGAUCAAGUUAUUUCUGCUUUCAGCUCCAGGCAGAGCUCCAUAAACGAACACAAAUCCCCCAAGAACAAAAGAAAGAAAGUUCUGAGGAAUGCAUCUAAAUUGAGUAACUUCUUCCGUUCUUCAUCCCGGCAAACGUCACGUCUGGACCCGACCAAAGAAGACGAGGAGGCCAACCUGGACAUACCACUGAAUCCAAUGAACGAGAAGACUAAUGCAAACAAUGAUAACACCAUUAAUGAUGAUAGACCCGCUGCCGGCGACGAUGUCGUGAAGUCAGCUCCUAGUGACGACCUUAUGUUUCAAAUGUCUGAUGACGAAGGCCCGCCCUCUCCCAAAACUGACUCAACAGACACGACAACUGCAGCAGCAACAAAGAAACGCUUCAAAAUAACAAAACCUCUUUCCAUCAAAGACCCGUCAAGAACCAAUCAAAAAUCAGACUUAACCACGCCCACAAAGUCACCAGAUGACAAACCAGCUGCCAGCAGCUUAAACAGCACUUCCGGCAGCGUCAGCGCAGCUGGAGGCCACUCAAAAUUAGCGCCACCACACGGCGUUUUGGAAGCCGUUCUAGAGGCUUCAGAAAGUCCGGAGGCCUUUGUUGGAUCCGUUAUUAGUCAGCUGAAGGAAAUUAGAAUGGGAACCAGUGUCAAUAAAUAAGAUGUAUUAUUUAAGUGACGAGUACGAUGAUGAUGAUUGUGUGAAUGAAUGAAUGAAUAAAUGAAGGAAUGAAACAAUGAUUGAUUGAAUGAACGAAUGAAAGAUCGAAUGAAUGAAUAAUUGAUUGAAUGAAUGAAUGAAUGAAUGAUUGAUUGAUUGGCUACACUAAUAGAUCGAAGUAGUUUUAUAAAUAGAUGUUUGGUGUUCUUAUUUGCUUAAAGCUAAGAGCCUAAGUUAUUCGUAAAUACGGAUAAUGUAUUUCAGAUGGACUAAUGAUAGAGAGAUUAAAAUAGCAGACUAUUGGAUGAAUGAAUAAACGAACGAUUGAAAAGAUAAAUGAAUAAAACCAAAUUGUUGAUUUAAAACGUUCAAUCUACCUUUCAUUUAUCAUCAUUUCAAUCAAAUCUGAAUUCUUGUUUUUUGUUCAUUUCACACCAACUGCUACUCUUGUAGUAUUUUAUAAGUGUGAAUCUAGUUCUAAAAGUAUUUUAAAAUAUAUAUAUAUUAUAAAUAUAUAUAUAUAUAUAUAUUUAUAGCGCUUUACUUUCAGAUCAUGUUUUUAGUAAUGCUAACUUAACAUUCAUAUUUGCUUUGAUGAUGAUUUAUGAUUUUAUAUCUUAAAUGCUUGUGUGUUCGUGUGUGUGUGUGUGUGUGCGUGCGUGCGUGCGCGCGUACGUGUGUGUUUAUAAUGCUUUCAUUGUUCAUUGAUAUAAAAAUCAAUCAGUUAUAUUAUGAUCAUUGGUGUUUAAUUAUUAUAGAUCAGUUGGGUGAUUAAAUUUCAUCCUUCUUUAGCUAGGCUGGGUUUGUUCGUUGAAUUAAUGUAACCGCUAUCCUUUCAAAUUGGUACCUCUAUGUAUACUUGCUUGUAUUUUUCUGUUUGUGUCUGUAUUGUAUUGAGCGUUUUUGCGUGUCGGCAUGCACUUGUACAUAUAUGUAUGUAUGUAUGUCUGUAAUUGCUUAUUUAUAUAUAUUUUCGAUUUUUUGUUAAACCAUACAUAUAGUUUAUAUAUACUUCUGAUUUUUUUUGUUAAAGCAUAUAGAUAUUGAUUUAUUUAUUUAGUUAUUCUUUUAUUUAUUGCAGUACAAUUAAUCUGAGUUUUAUCAGGAUGUAUAAAUAUACAACAUAUGCACAGUAACACAAUUCACACUUACAUACAUUUACACACUAUGCCAUCACAGCCUAACCGUAAACAUAUUUUCGUUUAGCUUAUUGACAACAUUCUACUUAUAAAAAUUUGUUUCAACUGUAAAAAGUAUUAUUACGUUUUGAAAUUUAUUCGAAACCUUAUUUACUACUAAUAUUCGUGUUGAUAAAAAAAAUACUAAAUCUU